CGUGCGCCUCCACGUGACGUCGGACACCGCGUCCCGUUCCACUUCCCACCAGAAUUUCACAAUCCCCUUGUUCUGGCUCCUUUUCUUGUCUGCUACUAGUAGCCCUGGUCUCCAUUUUCCACUAAGAAAAGCACCGGAUCAAUUUUCUACUCUGGGGGAGCGGAUUGGGUAGUUGCCCGCUUAUUGACUCGUUCUUGGCGGUGGCGGCUAUUGUGAAUUUUGUUUUUAGUCUGGCCUGUUGGCUUCUUCCUUGAUCCGCUUCUCCUUUCUGGCCGCCGAAGGCAAACCACGCGGCUUGUUCUUAUUGAAUCCAUCAAGGGCGGAGGAAAGAUAGGAUCUUCGGCGCCGAUUCUUGGAGCGACAGCGCUAGCGCAGCGGGUUUUGGUGCUUCGUUUCUCUAGGGUUGUGUUCUUGCAGAAGUUGCUCUGAGGCAUGGGGACCUGUCGGAGGAGAGUUCUGGGGGUGUGGUUUUUCUUCUGGUUCUUGUUGACAUUUGAGCAGUGCGCAUCCCUGAAUCAUGAAGGUGCUGCUCUGCUGAAAUUUAAGGCAGCGAUCGAUGCGGACCCAUAUGGUGCUUUGUUGGACUGGAAUGAGGAGAGUUUGAGCCCCUGUUUUUGGUUUGGUGUGGAAUGCUCCGAUGAUGGACUUGUCAUGGGCCUGAGCUUAGCAAAUCUUGGUCUAAAGGGUGUUUUAUCUCCAGAGAUUGGAAAGCUUAUGCAUAUGAAAUCUCUAAUUCUGCACAACAACUCGUUCUAUGGUAUCAUACCUAGAGAAAUAGGAGACCUACAGGAUCUAAAGAUGUUGGAUCUUGGAUAUAAUAAUUUCAGUGGACCAAUUCCAUCAGAGCUACAAAACAUAUUAUCCCUAGAAUUUCUAUUUCUUAAAGGUAACAGCCUUUCUGGGUGUUCACCAGUUGGAGUGCACCAGCUCACUAGGAUAUGUGAACCUGAAAAUCAAGUACCUACCCCAACCACAAGGAUUGCUACAUUCAAAAUCAGAAGACUGUUAGUGAGCAAACGAAUAGAUUUUGAAAUGAUCAAUAUUUCGGAUCCAAUAAGAUCACCCAGUCCCAUGGUUUUUCCGUGGAAUUCUCCAGCAGCACCAUCUCCUUCUGAACCCAUUCAACCCCCUCCACCCCCUCCUGCACCACCAAGCCAAGAGAACAAGAACAAAAGUUCUGCAAUAAUAUAUGCAUCGAUUGGAGCAGUUAUUAUUUUUUUGGUGGCGGCCUCUUCAGCACUAUGUUUCUUUUGCUACUGCCGCAAGAAGACUAGCACCGUUGUACCCUUGUCUGCAAACAGUUCAAGCAGACAAUUACAGACCACUACCAUGGAAGGGAUAACUUUAUUCAGACGAUCAGAGCUCGAAACAGCCUGUGAGGGUUUCAGUAACAUAAUUGGCACACUACCUGGAUAUACAGUGUAUAAAGGAACUCUCCCAUGUGGAGCAGAAAUAGCUGUGGUGUCUACAACGGUGGCGUAUGCAGGAGGUUGGUCCGCUAUAGCUGAAGCACAUUACAUGAAUAAGGUUGGAGCCUUGUCGAAGGUAAGCCAUAAGAAUCUUUUGAACCUUGUGGGUUAUUGUGAAGACGAAAAACCAUUCGUUCGGAUGAUGGUGUUCGAGUAUGCUUCAAAUGGAUCACUAUUUGAGCGCUUGCAUGUUAAAGAAGCGGAGCAUCUGAAUUGGCAAUCACGCCUACGGAUAGCUAUGGGAGUACUAUACUGUCUGGAUUACAUGCACCAGCAGAACACUCCUGUAACCCUAAGGAACUUAAACAGUUCAUGCAUAUACUUGACUGAAGAUGAUGCUGCAAAGGUUGCAGACAUCAGCUAUGGCGUUGCGGAGAAAGAAGAAGAUGAAUACGAUGCUCACGAUGAAUACAGCACAGUGUAUAAGUUUGCUUUGCUACUGCUUGAGACCAUCUCUGGAAGGCGUCCAUAUUGUGACGACGAUGGCCUUCUUGUUCUAUGGGCACACAGAUAUCUCAACGGUGCUAGCCCUGUGAUGGGUAUGGUCGACCCAACACUAAAUUCAGUCCCUGAGGAGCAUGUCAGAGCAUUCUCAGAGCUGAUUCGGUUAUGCCUAAGUGAGGACCUAAGGCAGAGGCCGACAAUGGCUGAGGUCACUAAGAGGAUGCAAGAGAUCACUGAGAUCACUCAAGUUCAGGCGAUUCCAAGGAACAGCGCGCUUUGGUGGGCUGAACUUGAAAUCAUAACAUCAUGAAGUCUGUCCAUUGUGCAACUGACUUCCCCUGACUCUACAGCUCUGUCCAUCUGCUAUGAGAAGGGUAGGAUAUUGUACAGUUUACCUUUUUUUAAUACAAAGAUACACAGGUCUCCUGUGUACAGUUUAGUAUUUUUAGGCAGGGCAUAAGUUGUCAGGUAUGCCCGGGCACACAAUUCUUUCAUUCUUUUUUUUUUAGUUUUAACCAAGUAUUUAUUUCAUUAUUUGUUCUAUGGAAAGCAAAGAAAUCUAAAAGCCUGUAAAGUAUUUAGGCAGGCAUAAGUUGUACAGGUAUGCCCGGGCACACAAUUCUUUCAUUCUUUUUUUAGAAGUCGUCUUUCAUUA